AUGCUCUCCCGCAUCUGUUUACUACUGUGUGCAACUGGAGCAGUGUCCGGGGUGUUCCAGCUGCAGCCGUUGAAUGCCGCCGUGCUCCAAGGCUCCGACGCACACUUUAAUGCCACUGUGCAAGGAAACUGGGGGUUCAUGACAUUUGAAUUCCAAGAAAUGUUCGUUCUUGCCAUCUCUGAAAGCGGUAAUGUAACUUCAACCAAAGUGCAGUUCUCUGCCAGAUUCUGCUCCGGUGGUGACGCCAGCUGUGUGGAGUUCACCAUCCAUAACGUCAGCCGCAAUGAGUCCGGGCCAGUCAUCUGCAGCGUGCUGGGGGAGAAGUCAAAGACAGCACAGCUGGAGGUACAAGAGCGUGGUACGGUCAACAUCACAGGAGAAAACGUGACAGCGAUACAAGACCAGAAGGUGGAGUUCCGGUGUGUAACAUCUGCCUGGUACCCCACACCAACUGUCACCUGGACCUGGAACGGUCAAGCUGUAGACAACAGCCUUUACAACACCUCCAGUAUGGCUGAUGGGGAUACCUUCAACUCCACCAGUGUCCUGAAGUUUCAGGCAGAAAGGAACACGACAGUGGAGUGUCGGGCGACUGUGCAGGCACUAACAAACCCUCAAUCCAGCUCGGUGUUCUUGGUGGUUGUUCCCAAGCCUCCUGACUGGACCGUGCUAAUAGCUGUGGUCCUGUCCUUUGGAGGUUGUGCUCUGCUGGCUCUACUCAUCAUUGGAAUCAUCUUCUGCUACAAACGCAGGAAAGAAAAACAAACCAACUACAGAGAUGAAAUAAGCAAAAGAGUGAGGACGCAGAGCCUGGCAGCAGGACAGGGGGUUUAUGAGAACCCAGGAUAUGUGUCGGAGGGUGAAAAAAGUGUCGCUCCCAGUGAACACACUGGCAGUGGUUUUGGCCAGGCAAUCGGCUCCAAUAUUUAUGUGGUGCCUGUGUACAGUCGCCAGACAGCAAAUGGCUCCAAUAACACUGUGGACCAAUCAGGUUUCAGGAAACACAGACAUGUCACCAUUGUGUAAGGACAGACGGAGGACCACAAAGACUGCAGCAGUUUUGGAGUUUUGGAAUGAACUUGCACAGCACCUUGAAGCCUUCUAAACACUGGAGAAAGGUGGGAGGCAGGACUGACUCUGUCCAGACCAAAGACUGACGUACUGCAGUAGCGUCCGGGAUGUUGGCAGAGGAGACAUGCUUUUACUUCACUGCCUCUAUAAAGUUGUAUUUUCAGAACAUAAACUUUAGAAAUCAUAAGAAAUAUAUUA